AUGGCGGUUAGUCCGCUGGAUGUUCCGAAUAGAGGCCCCGAAUUCGUCAAAGUAACCGCCGUCUUGACAUGCAUUGCGUUCGUCCUGGUGGUCUGUCGCCUGACAUGGAAGGGCUAUGUCCAAGGCCGAUUCGCCGUAGACGAUGGGAUCAUUGCAUUCUCAAUGGGUAUGCAGAUCGUCAACACCGUUAUGGGUGAUUUAGGUAUGAUUUUCCAGAAUGUAGACGCCAUCAAUACUAAACUCUGUCCAGCCUGCCACUACGCCUUUGGCCGACACAAAGCCGAUAUCGUCAGAACGGGCGGUAACGUCGUCCUUGCUCUGAAGUAUUUCUGGCUCUUCCAGAUCUUCUACAAACUCGUCCUAUGCCUCAACAAACUUUCCUUUCUCACCUUCUACCUCCGGGUCUUUCCCAACCGCAUCUUCCGCAUAAUCUGUUGGAUUACCAUCGCUCUCGUUCUCGCUAGCACCUUUGGCUUCGUCAUAGCCACCAUCUUCCAAUGCCUCCCCGUUCGCGCCAGCUGGUAUAAGCACAUACCCAAGAAGUGUGUUCAAAAUGCCCCAUUUCGUUGGUCCUGGGCGGGCUAUAAUACUGCAAUGGACAUUUGGGUGUGUCUGAUGCCACUGCCGGUGUUGGCGCAGCUACAGCUUGAUCGGAUCAGGAAAAUCGGAGUCAUACUGGUAUUCUGUAUGGGGUUGUUUGUCUGUGUGACGAGUAUCAUUCGCAUGUGGGCGAUGGAGAAAAGUACGACCACUACGGAUCCGACUUGGGGAUCGUUUGAUGCGUUGUUGUGGAGUGCCAUUGAGGCCAGUACGGGAAUCAUUUGUGCUUGCUUGCCGUUCCUAAAACACCCCAUUCAGAAGGUCUUGCCUGGCCUGUUUGGGUCAUUGUCGACUGGGUCCAGGAAGAGUCGGAGUCGGACGAGGCCGAGUUAUCGGAUGAGUCGAUUGGGGUCGCGGUCGGGGAACGGCACGCGGGAUGUUGACGCUGAUAUUGGCGGAGAUGGAGAUGAUACAGAGAGCAUUGGAAGCCAGGGUCCUAUUGCGAAGAACCAGAUUAUCGUGAAGACGGGCAUUUCCAUGCACAGUGAAGCGGCAUAUCCAUGA